CGGGGGGCGGAGCGAGGCGGCCUCGGGCCCGGCUACGCCGUCAGCAUCAGCCAAGAUGGCGGCGCGGAGGUCCCGCACCGCCUCAGAACGUGAUAGUGAUGAUGAUUCCUAUGAAGUGUUGGAUUUAACAGAGUAUGCACGGCGUCACCACUGGUGGAAUCGUCUCUUUGGGCGGAAUUCAGGACCAAUUGUAGAAAAAUACUCCGUAGCUACCCAGAUUGUGAUGGGCGGUGUGACUGGCUGGUGUGCGGGAUUUUUGUUCCAGAAAGUCGGAAAGCUUGCAGCAACUGCAGUAGGUGGUGGCUUUCUUCUGCUUCAAAUCGCUAGUCACAGUGGAUAUGUACAAGUUGAUUGGAAGAGAGUUGAAAAAGAUGUAAACAAAGCAAAAAAACAGUUAAAAAAACGUGCAAAUAAGGCAGCUCCUGAAAUCAAUACUCUAAUUGAAGAGUCAACAGAAUUUAUCAAACAGAACAUUGUGGUGUCCAGUGGAUUUGUUGGAGGCUUUUUGUUAGGCCUGGCAUCGUAAGGACCUGAAUCGUCUCUUCCUGAUGUCAUUCCUGUCAGCAAAGAACAGUGGUGAUAUCACGCUGUCUUAAAAGCAGUGUGGGUCACUGGGCCUUCCAGAGCAAGACGAGUGGACUAGUUAGAAAACUUGGAAGCUUUUACAUUUCAGGCCUUUGCCUCUCGAAGCUUGGCAAAACUAGGAUUUGCUGAAAAACGGUGCAGUGUGCUCAUUAUAGCAUUGCUGGGCAAAACUGGUUCAUCUUCAUCAUGACUGUUUUUAUCUAUGACCUUUCAAGAUCUAGCAUUUUUUUAAAAUGUUAUUCUUGGAGUACAGAAUGUAACCAUACUGUAAGAAAGCAAGCUUCAUUUCUGUUUUCAGUUAAAUACUGUUCAUUCUAAAAGUACUUUUCUUCAUGCUGUAGUAGAUGACAUCAAUGACUACACGACGUAUAUGGUACUGUAGUUUCAGCCUCAUGGCUGCCCAUGUUCUUUAGAAAUCUCUGCAAUAAACUAUCAGUCUGUAAUACCUUUUUACAGAGUAUUAAAUAACAAAGAAUCAUGAGCUUAUUAAAAGUGAAAAUUAA